AUGGAUGUAGAGGCAGCCGAGGCACUGGACGAGGCGGUCGGCGCUCUGGACGAGGAAGCGCACGACGUAGGCGUCGGUGAGGAGUUGGAGCGGCGGGGCGACAGCCGGGAACGCGGCGACGGUGUCUCGGCGUCGGCAUCAUCCGUCCGCCCGGCGGCGACGCGGCGGCGGAGGCGAGGCACCCCGCGGCGCGGUGCGCCUGAGCAGCUGCACCAGGUGAUCUGCUUGGCGUUCUUGCCCCUGCCUCGCCGUCGUCCGCCGGCCAAGAACUCCCCGUCGUCGUCGUCGGCGUCGGCGUCGAUGUCGAUCUCGCAGAUGGACCAGUUGGGAUUGUCCAUCUUGACGACGACCGGCGUCUCGCCGGCGCCGGCGAGGGCGGGCUUGCUGCCGGCCCAGAAGCCGCUCCACGGCGCCAUGCACGCGGCGGGAGCGAGAAGAACACUCGACGACAUGACACGACACUCCCGCCACUCGCUGAGCUCCCAAAAUAGCAAGCUUUCACUGACACACAAAUGCACACUAUUCCUGGGGCUCCCCUUCUUUCGAGCUGCUGCCAAUGCCCAUCAACCGGAGCCGCCUCAAGUCACCACACCUCCCUACUCUCCGCAAUGCGAUGCGAGCAGCGAGCUCCACUGCCGCCGUUGCAAUGGCAGAAAAGCUUUAGAAGAAGAAGGUGCUCCAUCCCGUGCGGCUUCACCGCGCUCCUCGCCGGCGACCUCCCGGCGUGCGCGCCGCCGCUGACCGUGCUCUUGCACUUCUUCGCAGCGCUCGGGUGCCUGCCCGAGACUAGGUACUCCUUCCGUGCCGCCCCAUGAGAGAGAGAGAGGGAGAGAGUGUGAAGAGAGAGAGAGGAGGGGAAGGGGAGAUAUGACAGGUGGGUCCCACAACUUUUUUUUUUAAAGAAAAUACUGAUUGGGUUGUCACGUGUAGUCACGUAGGACAAAACUGCUCUGAAUUAAGUUGAGGGGGCUAAUUCAUCCGGUAUUGAAAGUUUAGGGUGAGCAAUGUCUGGUUUUUGGGUUUAGGGGGUAAUUCGGUCGACCACGAUAGUUAAUGGGGUAAUUCAUACUUUUUCCUACUAUU